CGGUUACGCGCUGGCUGCUGCGCUGUCAUUCUAGACAACGGAAGAAAUUCUGGCAGGCAGUCAGCAUGUGAGGGGGUGGAGAGGAUACCUGCGUGGAGUCGGUAUUUUCAUCCUCCUCGGUAUAUAUAAGGGGCGCACUCAAGCUAAUCCGAAGACAACGCCGAGAAUGGACGACUGUCGUCAAACGCUGCUGUUUACGUUCGGCGUGAUAGCUGACAUUCAGUACGCAGACAUCGACGACGGCUACAAUUACACUCGGACUCGUAGGCGAUACUACCGAAGCGGUCUCCAGCUCUUGAGAAAUGCUCGGAAAAGUUGGUCGGAAUCAGCUGUUAAGCCAGCGUUUAUUCUCCAGCUGGGAGAUAUUAUCGACGGCUUUAACAAGCCCAAGGACGCCUCGGAGAGCGCGCUGGACACCGUGCUGAGAGAGCUGAGCUCCUGCCCCGCGGAGGUGUAUCAUGUAUGGGGAAACCACGAGUUUUAUAACUUCAGCAGGAGCGCGCUGCUGCGUUCAAAGCUCAACAGCACGCUCCACACUGACAGGAGCAUGAGCACUGCCCCGGCCGGCUCCGGCAUAUAUGCUUUCAGUUUCAGCCCUUUCCCCGGGUUUACAUUUGUUGUCCUGGAUGCCUAUGAUGUGAGCCUGCUGGGAAGAGACAAGGCCAGUGAACAAUAUGUCGACGCUAUGAAUUUGAUCAAGCAGUAUAACAAAAACGAAGAUCUCAACUGCCCUCCAGCAUUUAACAAUCUCACGCAGAGAUUCACAAUGUUCAAUGGUGGGUUCAGUAAGGAGCAGCUGGACUGGUUAGACUCUCUUCUAUCAUCAGCUGAUGAGAAACAAGAAAAGGUCACAAUUGUCAGUCACCUCCCCAUCCACCCAGACUGCACAGAUACCAUUUGCCUCGCAUGGAACUUUGAAGAGCUCCUGGCCGUCAUACGCUCCCACACCAGUGUGGUGUGUUACAUGGCGGGACACGCCCACGACGGUGGAUACUGCCAAGACGAAGAUACAGGAGUGCACCACCUGACGGUUGAUGGGGUGAUUGAGACGCCACCUGACAGCAAUGCAUUCGCCACAGUCUCUGUAUAUGGAGACAGGAUGGAGCUGAAAGGAUACGGGAGUAUCACAGAUCGAGUGUUUCUGUUUCCAUCCAGACAAAAUGACACAUACUGUAAUUAAAGAAUCACAACUUUA